CCGGGACACGUGACGGGAUUGGGCGGGGCAUCAAGGUUCAUAUCCCAGAGUCCUUUGCACUGACUCCUUUUCCGACUCCUUGUUGAGCAAAGAUGUCGAAGCGAGGACGUGGUGGGUCCUCCGGUGCGAAAUUCCGGAUUUCCCUGGGUCUUCCGGUCGGAGCCGUGAUCAACUGUGCUGACAACACGGGUGAGACCUUCAGCUGCACCCUGCCAGCACCCCCCCUACAUCCAGCAGUGGUAAUUCGACAACGAAAGUCAUACCGGAGAAAAGAUGGAGUGUUCCUCUAUUUUGAAGAUAAUGCGGGGGUCAUAGUAAAUAAUAAAGGUGAAAUGAAAGGUUCUGCUAUCACAGGACCCGUUGCAAAGGAGUGUGCAGACUUGUGGCCCAGGAUUGCAUCCAAUGCUGGCAGCAUCGCAUGAUUAUUUCCUUUAUCUGUUUUAAAAAAGAAGUAAAAGUUAUGUGCUCCCAG